GGCUACAUUAGAAGACUCCAUAUGUUAGCAGAUCUAAAAUCAAGGCAUGACUUAACAGCUUAUCUUGUAAGAGAAAAGCCCAACCCCAAGGCAGAUUGCUAGUCAGGACUUUCUUCCAAGCAGGACUGUGUGGGGAUGUGUUUUUAGCACUGAACCGAGCGCCACUGUAAAGUACAGAAAGUCGCUUCUCUGCUUUCCCUCUCAAGCACAAGCAUAUACACGUUGCAGCCUUGUGAGACAAAGCCCGGAAGUCUGUCCUGCCUGCUUCUGUAAUCUGGCGCUAUGCAUCCAGCUCCUUGGCCCUUACAGACACUGCUGUAUGUUGUUACUCUUACGAUUCUGUGGCCUUCUGUGAAUUCAGACUUGGCACCUUAUUUUGUUUCUGAGCCACUGUCUGCCAUCCAGAAACUUGGUGGACCCGUAGUACUACAUUGUUCUGCUAAACCUGUGACCGCUCAUAUCUCAUGGUUGCAUAAUGGAAAACAAUUGGAUAGAAACAUGGAACAGAUUGAGAUUCAUCAGGGGACUUUGACUAUUCUGUCUCUUAAUCCCUCCCUUUCGGGUUCCUACCAGUGCGUAGCCAAUAGUAGCAUCGGUGCCGUGGUCAGCGGCCCUGCAACAGUCUCCACUGCUGUUCUUGGUGAUUUUGGUUCAGCAACAAAGCACGUUAUUACAGCAGAAGAAAAAAGUACUGGUUUCAUUGGCUGCAAGGUACCAGAUAGUAACCCCAAGGCUGAGGUGCGCUAUAAAAUCCGGGGAAAGUGGCUGAAACAUUCCACAGAGAAUUACUUAAUCCUUCCAUCAGGGAAUCUUCAGAUUUUGAAUGUAUCUUUAGAGGACAAGGGAUCAUAUAAAUGUGCAGCUUUUAAUCCUGUCACACAUGAAUUAAAAGUUGAACCCAUUGGCCGAAAGCUUCUUGUGAGUCGCCCUUCCUCAGAGGAUUUUCAUAUUCUUCACCCCACACUGUCACAGGCAUUAGCUGUCCUUUCUCAUAGCCCUGUCACCCUGGAAUGUGUGGUGAGUGGGGUCCCAGCUUCUCAAGUGCACUGGCUGAAGGAUGGUCAGGACGCUCUGCGGGGAAGCAACUGGAGAAGGUUGUAUUCUCAUCUUGCCACAGAUAGCAUUGACCCAACGGACUCGGGAAACUAUUCUUGUGUAGUGGGAAACAAGUCUGGAGACAUACAACAUGUGACUUACAUGGUUAAUGUACUUGAAAAUGCUUCGAUUUCUAAAGGACUGCAGGAUCAGACUGUCUCUCUGGGCGCCACAGUGCAAUUCACUUGUGAGGUGCACGGGAACCCAACUCCAAACCGUACCUGGUUCCAUAAUGCGCAGCCUGUUCAUCCUUCCCCACGACAUCUCACUGCAGGAAACGGAUUGAAAAUCAGUGGUGUGACCAUGGAAGAUUCGGGACUGUAUCAGUGUGUAGCAGAUAAUGGGAUUGGAUUCAUACAGUCUACUGGGAGACUUGAAAUUGAAAAAGGCGGUGGACUCAAGCCAGUUAUAAUUACAGCACCAGCAAGUGCACAGGUGGUAGAUGGAGACUUUGUUACUUUGUCCUGCAAUGCCACUGGAGUGCCAAUCCCUGUCAUGCGUUGGUACCACAGGCAUGGGUUGAUAACCAGCCAUCCAUCUCAAGUGCUUAGAUCUAAAUCCCGGAAAUCCCACUUACGACCCGGGGGCUUUGACCUGGAGCCUGUCUACCUCAUCAUGUCCCGAGCUGGCUCAAGCUCUCUGUACAUUCAGGCUGUCACUCAGGAACAUGCUGGAAAAUACACCUGCGAAGCUACGAAUGAACAUGGCACCACGCGGUCGGAGGCAAUCCUCACAGUGGUUCCUUUUGAAACAAAUACAAAAGUGGAAAUGGUCACAGCUUCCAAUCCCACUCAGAAUGAUAAAAGAGAUGGUUCAGAAGCUGGAUUAUUGAGCUCCUUUCCAGUGAAGGAACACUCCAGUGCAGUGGACUCAGCACCAGAGAAAAAUGCUAGUGCUGCCUCGGUCCCUGACGCCCCCAUCAUUCUGAGCCCUCCGCAGACCUACACAGCUGAUACGUACCACCUGGUCUGGAGGGCAGGGAAGGAUGGUGGGCUGCCCAUCAAUGCCUAUUUCGUGAAGUAUCGAAAGCUAGAUGAUGGUGUUGGCCUGGUGGGAAGCUGGCACACGGUUCGAGUCCCAGGAAGUGAAAAUGAGCUCCAUUUAACUGAACUGGAGCCCUCUAGUCUCUAUGAAGUUUUGAUGGUUGCAAGAAGUGCAGCAGGUGAAGGGCAGCCUGCCAUGCUCACCUUCCGAACCAGCAAAGAGAAAACAACCUCGUCAAAAAACACGCAGGCUUCCUCUCCCCCCAUGGGCAUCCCUCGGCGCCCUGUUGUUUCAGAGGCUAUGGACAACUUUGGAGUGGUCCUUACAGAUUCCUCUAGGCAUAGUGGAGUUCCAGAGGCACCUGACCGGCCUACCAUCUCCACGGCAUCAGAGACCUCUGUCUAUGUCACUUGGAUUCCGCGGGCCAAUGGGGGUUCUCCAAUCACUGCCUUCAAGGUCGAAUACAAACGGAUGAGGACCAGUGAUUGGCUGGUGGCAGCUGAAGACAUCCCUCCUUCCAAACUUUCUGUGGAAGUUCGUAGUUUAGAGCCAGGUUCAACGUACAAGUUUAGGGUCAUUGCCAUCAACCAUUAUGGUGAGAGUUUCCGGAGUUCAGCGUCUCGUCCUUAUCAGGUGGCUGGGUUCCCCAAUCGCUUUUCUAACCGUCCCAUCACCGGGCCUCACAUCGCAUACACCGAAGCUGUCAGCGAUACUCAGAUCAUGCUGAAGUGGACGUACAUUCCAUCAAGUAACAACAAUACUCCCAUUCAAGGAUUUUAUAUCUACUACCGGCCGACAGAUAGUGAUAAUGACAGUGAUUACAAGCGGGAUGUGGUAGAAGGUUCAAAGCAGUGGCACAUGAUUGGCCAUCUGCAGCCAGAAACCUCCUACGAUAUUAAAAUGCAGUGCUUCAAUGAAGGGGGAGAAAGCGAGUUUAGCAACGUGAUGAUCUGCGAAACUAAAGUAAAACGCCUUCCUGGAGCUUCUGAGUAUCCCGUCAAAGACUUGAGUACCCCUCCAAAUUCUUCGGGAAGUGGACGAAACGUUGGGCCUGCAACCAGCCCCACCAGAAGCAGCGACAUGUUGUAUCUGAUAGUUGGCUGCGUGCUAGGUGUGAUGGUCCUCAUUCUCAUGGUUUUCAUUGCAAUGUGCCUCUGGAAGAACCGUCAGCAAAACACCAUACAGAAAUAUGACCCUCCAGGAUAUCUCUACCAGGGGUCAGAUAUUAAUGGGCAGAUGGUGGAAUACACCACUCUGCCUGGCACAAAUCGGAUAAAUGGGAAUGUUCAUGGAAGCUUCAUAAGCAAUGGAGGUCUCAGCAAUGGCUGCUCCCAUCUUCACCAUAAAAUCCCUAAUGGAGUCAAUGGAAUCAUGAAUGGGAACUUAAACGGAGGGCUUUACUCGGGGCAUACAAGCUCACUAACCAGGACACAUGUGGAUUUUGAACAUCCCCGUCACCUAGUAAAUGGUGGUGCAAUGUACACAGCAGUACCUCGGACGGACCCGUUGCAGUGCGUUAGCUGUCGAAACUGUCGGAACAACAACAGGUGUUUCACCAAAACUAACAGCACUUUCAGCGUCAGCCCCCUUCCUGUGGUCCCAGUGGUAGCACCUUAUCCUCAGGAUGGUUUGGAAAUGAAGCCCCUCAGUCACAUGAAGAUGCCUGCAUGUCUGGCUUCCACAGUUCCCGACGGUGGCCAGUCACCUGAGGAGAGUUUCAAAGACGACAUGGCACCGAGACCUGCUCAGCAUGCUUGCUGUCGGGACAGUAGGAAUGAGAUCAACUCUGAGUGCUCAGAAGAUACAGCAGAGUUCAACAGAGGAGACAGCUGUGUCCAUUCAGAAACAGAGAACAAAAUUUUAAGUUGGAAUCCUCUUAUUCUGCCCCUUGUGUCCAAGGACUUUACUGAAAAGACCACCUGGUCUCCUCCUGGCAUUCCUUUAGACAGCCCUGCAGGGAUCCUUCAGCAACCCCAAGAAACCUGAGGAAACAACCUAGUUUUGUGUAGUUUUCAAUCAUCUGAGAGCGGUGGGAUCAUUCCAUGUUUCUGAGAACCUCAGUGGCCAUAAGAGCUCCUCCUGCAAGGAUCCAACCUAUUGGCCAGUGUGGCUAAGAGGGAACUGAAGUUUUCAGAUGGAAAGCUAUUCUUUGAUGUAUUGUGUUAUCAGACUUUCUGAGAACAUUGGAAGUCACGCUCAGUUGUAACCUAGUGUUUGUAAUAGCAGGUGUCUUAUGAAUUGUAUGAGUGCCUUCCACAGAAGUGAUAGGUGACUUGUCGACUCUCCGUCUGCACACGAGCACAAAUGAUGUUUGGUUUUCUAGGCACUAGUCACAGAUGGUGUCAUGAACAUGGUUGAGGUUAAGGUCUGUGGGGUUAUUGCUGUAUGCAGAUAGGGGACCACGGCUGGAGAGAAAAAGAUAGCCGUCAGGUCCCACUGCAUUAAAAUUGGAUUGGUUUAUUAGAUUGUCACUGUAGGGCUCUUUCUGACUGUUUCUAAGAGUAGGACAAAAUGAAUUUAAAGUGGCGACUUGGAAAGAAAGACGCACAUUGUGCUCCCGGUGUCAUGCCACCCGAAAAUUAUUAUUUUUCAAGCUUCCAACAUGGGCAACACUUGGAAGAUGUGAGUGUCAGAAAAGAUUUAAUUUGGAGGGAAAGGGGUAUGGUUUGAAAUUUCCUGACUUUUUUUAGAAUGUCGUCAUUGUAAACACACACCUGAAGCUUUGGUUAGCAGAGCCCAUAAAUCAUAGUUACGGCUCCCUCUGAGUGACAAGGACAUUUGCAGCUGCCUUUGGAAGGCUUUUCUUCUCCACAUCUAAAAAAAAAAAAAAAAAAAAAUCCCACGAGAAAACACUACUCCUAUUUAAUAGCUAUUUUAAUAGCUUGAGUCAAGCUUCAGUAGAUCACUGCUUGUUUUUGGAUUGUGCAUCCCUUUGGGGAAAAAAUUAGAAAAUGAUUCUCUUUAUGUAGAGUCAGGCAGUUUCAGCAUAAAUGAAAAAAGUUCACAGUUUCCCAGAAAUUGCAGUGAAAUAGACUAGAAUACUAUGUUAAUCAACUGUUUAUGUAAAUCAGUAUCCCCUUAUAUAUGCCUACGUAUCUUAUAAAUAGAGCUGUUAGUGAAAUACGCUGUUUGAGCUGGGUCACUAUGCAAGAAUGACUUUGAGUAGAAUGUAGUGAGUAUGAUUUCAGGGUCAGGUUUUAGGGAUACUGUAGAAUCAAGUUCUGCAUUCCCAAUGUCCGUACUUAGAGUAUACUGAAUUUAUUCUUCAUGUGGUGUAGAUGCAAUUAGCUUUGGAGGGGGAUAGCUGCCUCCCUUACUUGUGUGACUAACAAAGGACAGAGUCCUAGUGCACAGAAUAUGAAAACAUACCCUGUGUUUUGCCAACCAAGAUACAGCCAUGCUGUCACAAAGGGGGUUUUAGAAAACUGGGGAGUAGAUAUCUGUGGGCAGUCACUUUGAUUCAGGAAACAGAGGUGUACUAGCAUGAGCCUUAGGUCAUAAACUGCUUUUAAAGAUUGAGUUUGAAUAUGGGAUUUGUCCACUAGGAAGAGAAGACGACUUUAUCUUUAGGGCAAUCUCAUUGUGGACUGCUUUUAUUUAUAUUAUUAGUAACGCUGUUUUAAGUGUUAUCCCUUUUAUUGUAUUUUAUUUAUAAAAAAUGCUUUUAUAUAUUGAGACAUAUAAAUAUAAAUAUAUAAAUAUAUAUAUAUAUAUAUAUAAAUAUAUAUAUAUAUAUAUAUAUAAUUGCCUUACCGUUGAGGAGUUAUGCAUUCUCCCUAACCUUGAGUUGUUCGGAACUUGUAUGACCUACACCGUCACCAACAACAGUCCUGCCUGGUGUCGCUUUCCCCAGGAAGUCAGGACACAGCAGCAUCUGUGGCGUGACUGCUGUGUACCAGGCUCCGUUUUCGGUGCUGCUGUGUGCUCUCUCGUUAACCCUCCCAACAAAUCUCCAACACAGUCCCCCCCACCACAGAGCCUGCCUUUCAACCCGAUUUACCCGGAGCCGUAAUCUGAGCUCCUUCCAGUUUUCCAGACUGCUUUCCAAAAGCAUGCGGUUCCCUCUUGCGAUGGAGCCAGCCCAGUUCCGCACGCUCUCGCCCACCCCUGCCGCGUGGUUCCUCUGACUGUGACCCUGAAGCCCAGAAGUUACCCUCUGUCCCACGCGGGCAGAGCUCCGUGCUUAUCACUUGGUCUUCCCGGAGUCUCCCGGUGACAGCCCUCACCCCCACCACCGCCGCUGCCCCCCCGGGAACGGGAUCGUCCCUGGGCUUAGUGAGCACAUCUUUGGUCAGACCUCUUCAUGUUCCUUCUCGUCUUAGAAUUCUCUGUGGUUCUUUGUUUUAGCGUCAAACUCCGCCCCCGCUCCGGUUGUAUCAUUUCACUGUGUCCUUUUACCCACUAGGUACUGGUAGUCGGCUGACAGGUGCUGUGGAGGAUGUACAUGAACUCGCAAUGUUUAAACACCUUGUGAAGUGGUCUUUUCCAAAAGCAUUUCUUUCUGGGCUUUGUGUUUGUGCAGUGAGUCUGUGAAGACCACUACGUCUGUAUCAGGCUGACCAUGUCACAGAGAGCUCAUUCCAGGUGGAGUACUGCCAGGAACUUGACCUCGUGGUGCAUUCCACCUGUGUUGCUCUGUUUUUUUAAAGUAAUGGCUUUGAGAUGCAUGUUUUUGUAUCCUAUUGAAAAGUGUGUUUUCUUUUCCUGAAAGUUGUAAUGUUAUGUUUGGAACUGUACAUAUUUUAAAUGAUGUAGCGUUGACAGGUUUUACCUGGUUGAUAUGACUUUAUAUUAAAAGAGAAUGCUGCUUUCCUGUAGAGUAGCACGUGAAGAUGGGGACCGUCAGAUACUCCCUGUUUGUAGAAAGCUGCUUAUAGCUUGUGGUCGGGGUGGGUGUACGUCUUCCUUGGAAAUUCUUUGGAACUGCCAUCCCCGUCCUCUCCUGAAAAUCCCUAUCGUACAUCCCAGAGCCACGUGAGUUAAUCCCUUCUGUUCUGACCGCAGAGAUCCAGACCCUGAAGGAACAGGAUCUAGGCCAGCAGGUGUUUUAUGGGGAGGCUGGGAGAAUACCUGAGCCCAGGUGUCCCCUUGGGGGGGGUGGUAGGGAUCUCUAUCUCUUUGGAAGGAAGAGAGGAGGGACGGAGAGCAGCCUGAGGAGCAUGGGGAGGAGUGGGCCUUCUGGCCUGCUGUCUGUGUUUACCAUUCGCUUGGAGCAACAUCUCUGUGAACUCCUGGGCAGACACUUAGCCUCCUCAAGAAAAGCAGCCCUGAAAGAAAAAAUCAAAGUGCCUGGGCUGCUUUGAACAGACAGCCAACAGGGUCUUUGGCAUGGGGUGGGGCCUUGUCAUAUUUCAUUCCCCAUGUUGAACUAAGCCUCCCUUAAACCUUAGCUCCAGUCCUGAGCGCCUUGAGAGAACUUGAAAUCCCUUUUCUAAUAAAGUCUGAAUCUGUGAGAACCUAA